AUGUCGAACGCCACUUGCCAAGUCGGCGGCAUCCAAGCUGGCCGCGGUAGGGCGGCAGAUGCGGCCAAGUGCGGGCGGCAACGGAGUCGAGCGGCGGCCACGACGGCGACGACGGCGAUGGAGACGGAACGUGACCACCUUGAACCGAGCGCAAGCCAAGCCUCGCCUUGGCUGCGCAGCGCACGUUCGUCGAGGUUGCGUCUGGCUGUGCGGAGACGUCUCGUCCGUCGCUGGUUGCAAGCACGCUUCAAGCUGACCAAGGCGGACGUUUUCGCCCAUGGCUGUCGCAAGGGUCCACACCGAGACAGGCGAGCCUGGGUCCAAAUAAGGCUGCUCACGGCUGCAACGCCGGUUUCCAACGCGGAGCGGCCCACGGCAGGUGCAGGCCUGCAAGCGAUCAGGGCUUGGCAUGCACCACGCGCACAACCGAAGCUGUCCGCUCGAGCCAGUUUCAACUUCCGUCCGUUUGGUCCGCAAAAGGAUCGAUUCGAUCAAGCGUCCUCCGACCAAGCCUCCUCGUUCCUCGUUCCAGGACCACGCUACACAGCGGGCCGAGCAAUCGAAGCGCACUCGCAGAACCACAGAUCGCGGACCAGACUUUGGCAGCACUCUCUCUACACGGCCCAGCGUGCUCUGAGUUCGCUUGAGACUCUCGAUCCAGAGGUCACAUCGCAGCAUUCACAUAAGGCGGGAGCUGGUGGCGACUUUGAUCGCCGCAACAUGGAUCGCUGA